CGGAGCAUUUCAGAAGCGGAAACAUUACCCGUUGCCUUGGAGACGGCGCGCUUGUUGGGGAACGCUGACUCCUUGCCGUCGCUGUAAGGUCGAACUCGAGCUGGUUAGUAAUGAGUAUGAGCUGAAAGUCGCUGUGUGACAGCAGGAAUCGGAAGAGGGAGGGAGUGUUUAAAGAGUUAACACUAACACCGCCGCAGGGCAGAUGAGCAGGCUACAGUGCAUUGGGACGUCCUCCAAAGUCCCAUCCCAGGAUGCAGAAGCUGCAGAACCAGGAAUCCUCAGCUCCCGAGACGCACCAGUGACUAAAUCAGUCCAGGCAAAAACACAGCUUCAGAAAACCAAACUGAGAGCACGUCCAGAGGGACAGCAGCCGUCUGCGAUCACUGAGAGAAGACGUGACAAAGGAAAUGUGGACAAGCUCACGGUGGAUCCAGAAACACAGAGUGAACAGCAGGAGAAUGGCUUUAAAAAGACAAAAGUCAAGCACAGGCCAUCACGGAGCGAGACGCAGGCUGGUGUUCAGGUUCUGUCGCCAACAGACACGACCACGCACAGACAAGAACAAUCACACACAGAAACACACUCUGCUCCUGUUGGUGCAGAAGAGAAGACUGUAAGUUCAGAGUGUGUGCAGAAGAUGCGUGAACCUCUACUCCAGGUGCCCCGAUGCCUGGGAGUGCCAAAGUGUGGAGCUGGCCGAAGCUCAAGCGAGGCAGAGAGCGGAGAUGAAGAAGAGUGUGAAGAAGAGGAGGAGGACGCGGAUGAAUUUCGUGCUCCCAUUGAGCUGCUUGCAGAGUUCCUAAAAGCUGUGAUGGAAAAGAAGUACACACUCGCCAAGAAACUCUGCCAAAUGAUUCUUAUUUAUGAACCAGAGAACCCCGAGGCCAAACACUUCCUUCCUCUCAUUGAAGAGAGACUACUGAUAGAAGAAGCACAGAAAGGCUCCAGCGGUGAAGACGACACAUCUGAUGAUGAUGAUGAUGAUGAUGAUGAUGAUAAUGAUGAUGAUGAAAGCAGCAGCAGUGGUAGUGGUGAUGAUGAUGAUGAUGAUGAUGAUACAGACACAUGUACUGAUUCAGAUGGAGAUGGCAGAAAGGAGGAAGACAUUAGCCAGCGGUGAAGGGUUUCUCCUCAACAGCUGUCCAAACCUGUUCCAGCUCUAUGGUUUUAAUAGAUUUUGUGUUUUUUUUCUGCACUUGUGUGAUUAUUAUAAGUCCUUCACCACUCUUCUAUUUUUCAGUGUGCCUUUACUUUCGCAUUACAUCCUUUCUAUUUUCACGUUUUCUCUUAGAUGUUUUGAUUGAGUACAAAUAAAUUAUAUAUAAUAGGGCUUCAAUACUUUUAAGCCACAACGAAACCACAACCAAAGAAUUUUUUUUUAAUAUGAUAUUACACUUUUCUUUUUUUCUUUUAAGGUGUUGUUACACUUAAAGUUGUUACUUUAGCAAAAGAAAUAAAGAUCGAUGAUUUUAGUAGAACUGCUAUUGCAUGAUACUUGUGAAAGAACAUCUUGUAACAUGGGUUGUGCUGUGAGUGCCAAGCAGUACUCAUUCAGAUACUUCAAGGCUGUGUUCCAAACCGCAUAAUGCACACUUAGUAGUAGGUCUAAAUAGUAAUUGUGUAGUGACAUACUUUUAAGUUUGGUGCUAUGCAGUUUGAGACACAGCCCAAGUAUUCCCAAAUCACAGCUGACCAGUAUUGCAAGUCUUCUGGGAAUAAACCAGCUUUAUUGUAUACUUCAA